AUGUUAUAUAUGUAUGAUGAAGGUGAAGAUGAAGAUGAAGAUGAUGUUAUGUUAAAUUUGAGUGGAAAAUUCUUCAUGUCAAACUCGACUAGCACAACUCCUCAGGACAGCCUGAACAAUUCAGAGGUCAGGUCCUCUCCAUUAUUGCCAGAUAUUCCCGACCAUUCGUCGUCAGAUACCGACUCCUCUGCUCCAGCAUUGAGCAACACCAACAAGAAAAACAUGGGUAAUAAAGAUGAAUUACCAGCCGCUUUGUACAUUCCUCAAAACUAUCAAUUCACACCAUACAACAACAAUAACAGUGGUGAUGCUGCCAACGGCAACAGCUCAUCAUCCUCUUCUCCAAACGGUGGUGGAGGCAGCAGCAGUUCAAACUCACAUCAUCCACAUCCAUAUCUUCAGAGAGUUGGAUUGAGUAAAGACAGAAUACCAGCUCUACUCCAACAAUAUUUCGAAAACACCAACAACACUACCAACAACAAUAGUAACAACAGUAACAACAAUUUACCAUCUUCACCAACUAAUUCUAUCACAUCUACCGCCGCCACCGCUGCCAAAGAUUCCAGUGAUGAACAAGUCCGUGAGGUUACACCCUCCAAUAUUAUCCUGAGGACCAAUCCACCAGGUACAUCACCACUUUCCACCCCACCAAUAACCACCACAACUACGACAACAACAACAACUUCCAACAACUCAUCACUAUUACCAAAUGCCAACAAUAUUUUAACAACAACAAACACUAUAGGUGAUUCACUGAUUGCUUUGACUUCACCAUUGUACAGCUCCGACAGCAACAGCGGUGCCAUUCAACCAACUCAGAGUAUCAUAGGCACCAACAGUGGUGACCACCUGAUAUCAAGUCCAUCCAAUGCUUUGGCACUGCCCUCGAACGAAGACAACCAAAUCCGACCUUCCAAGAGCUCAAACUACGUUGACAUCACCGAUUUCCUGAGCUUACCACAAGGUGAUGCAGCCAAGAAGCUUGGUAUUCCAACAUCGACACUCAGCAAACGUUGGAAAGAAGCUGCACCCGGCCGUAAAUGGCCAUACCGUCAGAUCACCAAGCUCGAGAAGGAAAUCUUGACCGUCCUACACAACAUCCCAGAGGGUGGUGAGAUGAGUCUAGCAGUCAAAGAAAACCUCGACAGACUCACCAAGAAGAGACAAUCCGAGUUGCGUCCAGUCUACAUCAGACUUUAA